AUGUCGCGAGUAAUUGAAGUCUCGGAGUUUUCUCUCAACGACGAGACCCCCAGCAUUAAAGAGCAGUCUACUAACUCGACGCAAGAAAGCGAGUUCUUACAACUAGUGGAAGAUGGGGACUUUGAAGGGGUUUGUUCGCUUAUACAGAGUGAAAACGUGAACGUCAACUGCAGUGGUAGACGAAAACGAACAGUUGUAUCCGCACUGCAGCUUGCGGCAGAAAACAACAAUUUUCAACUCGUGAAGUUAUUGUUAGACAAUGGAGCAACACCACUCGAUAAACCACAUAUACCGAAUGGAGAGUCUGAAUGUGUAGAAAUCGAUAACAUGAGGUUUCAUCGUUAUAGCGCCCUCUCGAGUCCAGCUUACAUGAGCCUUGCCCACGAUGACCCGUUUGUAUCUGCGAUGGAUCUAUCAGAUGAACUCUGUGCUAUGACACAUGCUAGAGAAAUCGAGGACACUUCGCAGUCUUUGUACAUGGAGCUACAACGCCAGGUACGGCAAUAUAUUGCUGCCCUCGUUAACUGCUGUGAUACAUCGAAAGAAGUACUUAUUAUAUUGAGCGGCAAGGGCGGUAGUUUAGAGCGAGGACCAGGAGGCCUUCACGGAUUCCACCAGUUGAAAAGAGCAGUCAAAAGUCGCCAAAAAGAGGCAUGUUCAACGCAAUUCCAUUCUUUUAUAAUUUCAAAUUUUACGUCGAGGUUAUGGUUCCCAUUAGUAUGUACAACAAACGUAUGAAAUAUUGUGUUUGUCUAUGUGUUUGUUUUUUGCAGUUUGUUGCUAAUUGGAAGUGUCAAA